AAAUGUCUAAAUGAAUGCGACUUGAUGUAUUAAAUUAAUCUUUUUUCCUCUUUAUGACGCAUUUUUAGUCCGAAGAACGUGGUAAAUGAGCAUUUCCUGGUUUACCGGCUGCUGUUUGACUCCUCCACAGACGGAGGGCCGUCACGCCUGGUCCUGCUGAGGCGGCGCUGAAGCCUGGCUGUAUUGGUGGCCGUGUUGCAGACGGCCAUGGAGGUGUCGUCUCACAGCCUCUUCCUGCUGCAGCAGCUCAACGUGCAGCGAGAGUUCGGCUUCCUGUGCGACUGCACCGUCGCCAUCGGCAACGUCUACUUCAAAGCCCACAGAGCCGUGCUGGCCGCCUUCUCCAACUACUUCAAGAUGAUCUUCAUCCACCAGUCCAGUGAAUGUAUAAAGAUCCAGCCCACCGACAUCCAGCCGGACGUCUUCAGCUACCUGCUGCACAUCAUGUACACCGGCAUGUGCCCCAAGCAGGCGGUGGACCAGAGCCGGCUGCAGGACGGCAUCAAGUUCCUCCACGCCUACCAGCUGUGCCGCAAACCAGGCGAAGGGGCGCCUGACGCCACCGCAGACGUGGUCCGCAUGUCCAACCUCUACGGCAUCCAGAUCUCCUCCCAGCUGGCCAACAAGGACACACCCGGAGUCCCCAAGACCACCUCGGUGUCCCGGGGGGCCUCUGAGGACGGACGCUCCUCAGGCAGGGGGCUGAGGGCCCACUCCCAGCUGUCCCUCGCCGUCGGACUGGAGGGGGUCCCGCAGGACCACCAGGAGUCGGCGCUUCGCAACAUCUGCUCCGUGACGUCGGCGGACGACUCCGACAUCUCGAGUCGCAUCAAGCAGGAGCGGGUGGAGGAGGAGGAGGGCGAGGCGGAGGAGGGGCCAGGGGCGGGGUCCCUGUCCCCCGCACAGGGCAGCAGUCCCAGUCAGGGCGCUCUGUUCAAAGACCGGCCCCUGGCCCUCCAGUGUCCGCGCUGCGGGGAGCGCUGCUCCUCGCCGGAGGACCUGAGGGAGCACCUGUUCAGCCACGCCCUCGACCCCGCCCGCCUGAUGGACGGGCUGCCGCCGGGCGGCGAGCUGGAGGCCGGCGUGGAGGAGGGCCUGGCGGGGGCCCAGGAGCAGCUGGACGCGGGGUGUCUGGAGGAGGCGCUGAGGCAGAGCCAGGCCCUCGCCAACCAGCUGGCGGCGGAGCUGAGGCGGAGCCGGGGCGGCGGCGGCGGCGGCUGCGGGACAAGCCCCGCCCCCACCAUCCUGCAGUCGCGCAAGCGGAAGAUCGCCUGCGCCGUCUGCAGCCUGCGCUUCUCCCACAAGAGCCAGCUGCAGGAACACAUGUACGCCCACACCGGCAAGCCGGGCCGCUUCCACCGCUACAACCGCCUCUGCAGCCAGCUCUUCCAGGGCUCCGCCCACUUCUGCGAGGGCGCCGCCGAGCCGGGCGGAGGGGGCGGAGCCUCGGCCGCGCUCGCCGAGGACGCCAACCGGGACACUCAGGACAACGGCAGCUCGUGCUACUCGCUGGACUCCGAGGUGUCCCAGGAGAGCGUGGACGGCGUCCCUGUCGAGUGAGGUCACCUGAUCAGGGACUUACCUGUGCAGGUGUGUGUGUGUGUGAGUGUGUAAGUCAGUCAUGUGAUCAUCGUGCUUUCAGCAGAGCUUCAGCUGAUGAAGUUGUUGAUGACGUUCACUGGUUUUGAAGAGGUUCCUCCUGUCUGCAGAAAGUCAGCAGCUAUAGACGCGUCAGAUCAUCACCGACUCUCUGGGUAAACUUGGUGGAAACAAACCAGCUCAGACGGUCGACCUGGUCCUCCAAAGCUGCUGAGAAGCAUCAGAUUGUGAGGAAGAGGAUGCAGCGCUGCAGCCGCUGCCCUGCAGCAGACGCAGCAGUGCCUUGAUGGUUCCCAUGCAGAGCCCCAAGCUUUGUGACAAUCUGCAGCCUUCUGCUAAAAGUCCAGCAAAGAUGCUGAAGAAGGAUGAAAAAAAUAAACGACAUUUAACUCCGUUAGAUCAAAGCUGUAGAUCUGGAAAGUACACCUCCAUUUAAGGAUGAAGGUCUUUAUCUGAUCCUGUCAGGAAGUAGAGAUGGACUAAAUUCAGCCUCAGAUGUUCACAUGAUGACACGCUGAGGGAAAACCAGGAGGAGUUUGCUGCAGAGAGGCAACACCAUGCCAAGACAGAAAGACUUAGAGAAGCUGCUGUUGCUGCCAACGAUCUGUUUCAAACUACCGGGCGUAUGUCGUUCUGCACAGAGGAACUUUGUUCCGUGGAGGAGAACAUCUCAGCAGCUGCUAAUCUUCCCAGGAGGCGACGUUCCAGCAGCUUCAGCCCAACGUCAGAGAAAUUAAACCCAGGAGCUCCACCUCAGACUCUACAGGCCUCAGCCAACAGCUUAAUGGUCAUGACCCUGAACCAGGAGGAGGUUCUACCAUCCCUGCUCCUCUCAUUAUUAAACAGAUGAUGACAGCGUGAUAUUUAUCUAAGGUUUACUUUAUCUAAGGUUUACCUGCUGUUUAGCAGAGCUGCAUCAGCGUGGAUCAGGUGUGUUAAUAAAUCAGCCUCCACCUGCAGGUCAGUCAUCCCGUUCAGGUUAGCGGGGGAGUCAGAAAACGUGUUGCUGGGGUCACAUGAUGUCACAUGAUGUCACAUGACGUCA